CAAGCGCACGGGGGCGGAGCACGGAGCCAGCUGGACCCGCCCCAACGGAGGCUGCUACCAAACCUCUGCGCGCUUUGCGCUCGGCAGAGGCCUUGUUCGGUGCUGUUGGAUUGUGCGCACCGCCGGGCGGCAGGUCUGCUUCGGAUCGGGCUUUUGUUCCGCGCUCUGGGCUCCGGCCUGGGUUUUCGCCACCUCUGUCCUGGCAGAGGGGCGCCGCCCGGGUCCUUGCUGCAUCGCGAGGUUGCUGCGCGCGGGCGGGCGCGGUCUGCGGUUGUUGGCCUGAAGUAGAAGGCGGGCUUGUUGCAGCUAAGCGUUCCUUCCGGUUUCGGAAGGAGAAGCAGAGCUUUGUUUUGCUUUUCGCUUUCUUUCUGUGUUGGUCUUCCGCUCCCUGGCCCCUGCGACCCAGUGGAAUUGCCCUGCGCUCCGCCUUCUAGCGCCCAGGCCUGUGUGAGCACCGAGGCCCGCAGCAUCUCAGACGCUGUUUGCAUUUGUGGUACUUAAAAGUUCCUUUCCUAGGAAAAUGGAAAAACAGGAUUAGAGGCGUGAGUAUACUCCUUGUGGAAGAGACUAAAAGGUAAAGUUGUAUUUAGAGGAUGUUGCUGCAUAGGCAAAGCUGGCCUCAAAGCUGUGACCCUCUUUCUCCAGCCUCUGAUGCUGGGACUACAGGCCACUAGGACCUCCCAAGCAUUCCAGAGACAAAGGACUAAACAGCAAGGGUCUCAAGGGAGGGAAUGAGAAUGGAAGGAAUAGGAGAUGCAAAGGAAGGAGACAAGACAGAGAUCUGAUCAAGUCUCAUUUAUUACAAGAAAAACACUGGCCUAUAAAGCUGCAAACCACAAUUACAAGGUGGAUUCACUUGAUUUAUGACAUUCAAAACCACAGACUUUACAAUACUACUAAGUCAUUUCAACUAUGAAUUGGAAUGCAAAACCAGAGAAUGUUUCCAAACCCCCACCAUACUCUAAAAACCAGUCAUCUAUGUUGCAGCAAUUUUUAAUGACUUCUACAACAUCUCAAAGUUCUUUCAGCUAUCCUGCCCUUAACCAAGAAGCAUGCAUGUAUUCUAGUAAUUCAAAUUCAGUUUCACAGCCACUGUUGAGCAGCAGAAAUUAUAUAAGUCCUCAGACUCAGAUCUCUGUUUCUAAUAUACCUAGCAGGACAAUUGUGGCCUCACAGUCUUCAGUGGAAAGAGUUGUAUCGACAAAUGUUAAAGGACCCCAACAACCAAACCACAAUUUGCAAACAGUGUCUUCAGGAGUUAUACAAAAUGUCUGGUUGGGCUCACCAAGGAGGAAUUUUAUGCCUUCCCAUACAGAAGCAAGUAUAUCCCAUAAUUCUGAUGGAAGGACUAAUAUGCCUUACAUGCAUCCACCACAGAAUCAGCUUGUCACAUCAGAUACCUAUUCUAUGCAACUACAAAUGGUUCCCUUAAAUUCUGGAAAAGUACCUAUAACACAUCAAGAAAAUCAGGGACUUAAUCACUUCAUACCAGAUCAGCUGGCUGACUGGACACAGUAUACAUCUAAUGAACUUACUUAUCCUGAAUAUAGGCCACCUCCAAAGCAAUACUCACACAUAUUGCCAGCUUCUUCAUCACUACAAGUUAAAAAUAAUCAGCUCCCAACUUAUGCACAGAGCAUACAGUCAAAGCCUUCUCUACCUUUGUCAUCACAUCAGUAUGCUGCAGAAAGCAGCAAAAGACUCCCUGCCCUUCCUUACAGCUGUAGAUAUGGAAACCAACAUGUGCAAAAUGCUCAGCCUGUUUCUAAACACUUGCCUAUGGACAUUCCUCAGAGCUCAGAAGUGCACUCAUCUGAAAAAAAGAAAGAUGAUUACAGAGGCUUUAAGCAGCAGUGGCAGAACCCUAGUGAGAAAACCAUUGGACAAUUCUGUGACUUGAAAAUAAAUACCAAGCAGUCUUACAGUGAAUCUGUUAAGUCUUCUGGGGAUGGGGUUCAGGCGCUUGUUCAAAAUAAUCAAGAAAAAAGAAAAUAUACCUACAAUCCAAGUACAAAUCAAUUAAUAGACACAAAUGCCACAAAAGAAAAGCUGGCGAGAGAUAUUAAAUCACUAGUAGAAAUCAAAAAGAAGUUUUCAGAACUUGCAAGAAAAAUUAAAAUUAAUAAAAGUCUUUUGAUGGCAGCUGGUUGUAGUAAAACAGCCAAUACUUCUUAUACUGAACCAAUUCAGCAUUCUGAAUUUUCAGCAAAAGAAAUGUCUGCUAAAAAUGGCAAUGACUGUUCCAUGGAAUUGCUAGCAACAUGUCUUUCUCUUUGGAAAAACCAACCUUCAAAAACCACAGAAGAAAAUGUUCCAAAAUCUUUAGAAGAAAGACAGUGUAACACAUCAAGAAUCAGUACAACAGUAGUUGGCAGUUCAAAUCCCACAAGUGAAGUUCAUGUUAACAGUUUUUGUUCCAGUGUUGGAAAGUCUCAGAAAAUGAUGAGCUCAUCACAAACAGUAUUGCCAGUUCUCACACAAAGUUGUGAGUCUUCCACUGUAGCCGUUGGAAAAGGAACAGAGCUUCAGAUUGCUGUGGUGUCACCUUUAGUUCUUUCAGCUACUAAUACCUUACCUGGAAAAGAGUUAGUGCCUGAAGUUUUACUUGAAACACUGUAUCCAGUUGUUAAAGAAGGUAGUGUUUGUAGCUUACAAACCCAACAGGCAGAGACUGUUGUUGCUUUACCUUUUGAUAUUACAGGAACAGUAGCUGGUAAUAACCUAUCAGCAGAGAUUCCUCUGCCUGGUCAGAAGGAAAAGCAGCACAAACCAAUACAGGGUGAUCCAGUCAUAGCUGAUAGCAGCUUAGAAAGACACUCUCCCCUGGGCACUGAAGUUCUGCCUAAGCCUAUGGACAGCACCAUUGUGAGUGGACCCAUUUUACAGAUUGAAAGUAUCUGUUCUCUUGCAGAAGGGGAUGUAUCUUACAAUUCCCAGAUAGCUGAGAUAUUCAACUCUGUACAAAAUGAGCCCCAGAAACUUAUACCUAAUCAAGUAAUUAAUAGUCAACAAGAACAAGUAUAUGAUACCACUGAAAAUAAAGACUUUAGCUUUCAGAAAGAUAAGUGUGUACAGUGUACAGAUGUUCCUCAUGAGGUCACUGAGCAGCCAGAGCCUCUGCAGCCUGAAGAGCCAGCAUCUUGUGAGUAUGGGGAAGCAAACAGAGAAACUGUAGAUGAAAGUUGUAGGGAGUACACUGGUAGAAAAGAAAGUACAGCUAAGGAUGUGUGUUCUCCAGCUGCUGUUCAGCAGGAUCCUCAACCUCAGGAAACUGGUAUGCUCAGCAAUAAGUCAGCCCACAGUCUUCCUGCAAUAAAUGAGACUAAUGAUGAAAGUGAACCUAUCUCAUACCUACAUGACCAGCUGUCAGAGCUUUUAAAAGAGUUUCCUUAUGGCAUUGAAACUGUUACCAGACAUGAAGUGUCUGUGAACCGACAAAAGACACAUAAAAUCUUAGAAAAUCAAACUGGUGGUAAAACUAGUAAUGUGUCUGGGAAUAGCACAGACCAAAUAAAAAUUACAGUAUUAAACUCUGAACAAAUCAAAGAACUAUUUCCUGAAGAAGAUGAACCUUGUGACAAGUUGACAGAACCUAAGAAUAAAGAAAUUGUUGCAGAAGUAAAGAACCCAUGUAACUCACAGGUCCCUAGAGAAGAAAGUCAUGACCUUGGAAUGUUGGACCCAGAGAAAGACAAAAUCCAUUGCUGUGCCUUAGGUUGGCUCUCAAUGGUUUAUGAAGGUGUGCCACAGUGUCAUUGCAGUUCCACAGAAGAGAAGGGGAAAGACCAGUGUUUGGACAUCAACAGCAGCAAACAAGGAGAGCAGCCUUGCAAUAGUGGAAUCACUAUUUUUGAAAUUAAUCCUGUUUCUGAUAACCCAAAAACUCCUCUGACCCAAGCAGCUGAGAAAGGCCAUUUUUCUGAAAUGCAUAGUGAAAAGACAAAAGUAUCUAAAACAAAAGACAACAGGGAGGAACAGGAAUUAACCUGUCAUUUUUCAGCUAAAUGUUACAAAAAAGAUAAAAAAGAUAAUUUUAAAAUAAGGCAUGAUAGCUCACUGAAAAUGGAUCAAAAACUAAGAAAUAUUUCAACUAAAUGUGACCUACCAAAUCCCUCAAAAAGCAAUAAAAUAGCAAGCCCUGAAAUACUUCAUGUAACAACUUCUAACUCUGCUAAAAAUAUGCCAAUUUCUAAACAAGCUUCUCAGGAAAGCCUACAGAAAAAACACACGUCCCAAGACUUGGGCCCAGUAAAAGCACCUGUAGAACUUUCGUCAAGUACAGAUCCAUGCAGGAGGAAUACCUCUUGGGUACAGUCAGUGUCACCAGAAAAGAAAAAACUAAAAUUCAAAGCAGGUGGGUCCAGACUGAAAUAUUUUGAAAAAAGAAAGACAGACCACGUGAUUAUUCCAGAUAUGGAAAUAAAAAAGAAGAAAUAUGAAAAUCAAGAACAGAACAAAAAUGCCGGAGACAUUCUUACAGAAUCAAAUGAAAGAGCCAGUGUUCAAGAAAAGACUGUCCCAAGUCCUGAGUCCUCAGACUCAAAGGGUAGCUCCUCUAAGAGUACUAGAGUUAUAACAGUGCAGGAAUAUUUACAACGGCAGAAAGAUAAACAUGUAACUGGGAAUAAUGCUUCUAGAAACAUAUGUGUAGAAAAUGUGCUACGUGACUCUGAGCACAUGAAGACCAGUAAGCACUCUGCAGCAGUAAGCUGGGGAAAGUUAGUUGAGGAGCAGAGUAUCAGUGCAGAGACCUCAAAAGAACUGGAACAUAAUUCCACUAGCCAUGGUAAAGAUUUCAAGAUCCAGCAUUCUGAGGCAUCUAGAACACACAGUGUAUCAAAUAAUAGUAAAGGAAAGUUUGAUGGGAAGCAGCCUGACAAAACCUAUAAUAAUAAGACCAGUAUGAUUAAUGAGUCCAGCCAGAUGCCUCUCCUGGUAAAAGAACAAAGGAAACAGUACCUGAAUCGUGUUGCAUUUAAAUGCACGGAACGGGAAAGCAUAUGUCUCACCAAAUUGGAUAGUGCAUCCAAGAAGCUUAGUACAGAGAAAAAGAGUUGGGCAUAUACACCCAAGACAAAAGACAUAGACAAACCUAGUAUGCUGGAGUUUAAAUUAUGUCCAGAUGUGCUAUUGAAGAAUACAAGCACUGUUGACAAGCAGGAUGACCCUGGGCCUAGGCCUGAGAAAGAGCAAGCACCUGUGCAAGUUUCAGGAAUAAAAAGUACAAAAGAAGACUGGUUAAAAUGCAUCCCUACAAGGACAAAGAUGCAUGAAUCAAGUCAAACAGAUAGUGCUGGCUCAAAACUUUCCAAGAGAAGCCUCAGUGCAGAUGAAUUUGAAACACUACAAAAUCCAGUAAAAGACUCAAAUGAAAUGUUCCGGACCUACAAAAAGAUGUACCUUGAGAAGAGAAGCAGAAGCCUUGGGAGUAGUCCAGUUAAAUAGUCACAGGAAAUCGUGAUUUUUGGUUUUUACCACCAGAACAUCCCUAGUCUUUUCUUUUUAGGCUCCCUUGCUGAAAAUAACUCAGGAAGGUCACAUUUAGAUUUCUCAGCCAAGGAGUUUCAGUUACAGCUUAUACUAUAUUUUUCACUGAUACUAUGUGACUGAAAUGUUGUAUUAGCUGCUGGUGGACAGGAAAAAGAAAGAUUCAAUUUGUUUGGGAACUACAAAGUGUAUGAUAUGUGCGGUGUUGAACUGUGUUUACUGUUUUUAAGUCUUGCUGGCACAGUGGUGCACACCUGUGACCCUAACAAUUUACGCGUAGACAAAAGAGGAUCAAGAAUUCAGGGUCAUUCUCAGCAGCAUAGUGAGUCCAGUGAAGUCAGCUUAGGAUACGUGUGAGCCUCUCUCUAAAAGCAAAGCAACAGCAACCAAAAAAAGAGUAUGAAGAUGGCUGAUUCAGACUUUACUUUGGGAUGCUGUCAUCCUGAGGUAACUAUUCAUUCUCUGAGAACUUAGUUGUUUGACUGGGGCUGUAAAUAGAUUCUGGUUUCUAAGCACAUUAGCAAAAUUUAUUUUUCAGAAAGUGCCCACUGUGAAUGUCAAAGUAUAUUCCUAAGUAUUUUGUACCUCAUUGUAAAAGUUUUUUUCUGAAGUCUUGUUUUAUACUUUUGUUAAGCUUACUGGAGUUUUUGGAAGAUGUCUUAACAUUACUUUUCAUACUUGAAAUAAACAUUUAUUUUUUAAAAAACUACA